GUCGUCUUCAACUAUCCAAUCACUUGAAGGGAGACGAUUUCAUCGUUUGUCCCAACGUCAAUAUGCCUCUUCACCUUCUCGGAAAGAAAUCAUGGAACGUCUACAACACAGACAACGUCGCCCGCGUCCGCCGUGACGAGGCCGAGGCCCGUGCUCGCGAGGAAGCUGAGGAGCAACGCAUGCAACAGGUCGACGCCGAACGUCGUCUAGCCAUUCUGCGCGGUGAAGUUCCGCCGCCACUUGAGGAGCAACCGCCAGCAUCAGAAUCCAGCCAUGAUCAUGGGCGCCGUCAGCGUGAACGUGAUCCUCUGAUAGAAGGACGCAAACGCAAGCGAGCAGGCGAGGAUGACACCGAUUUUGAAAUGAGGAUAGCGCGGGAACGGGCCACGGCAGGGCAAAAUGCGGCGAGGGAGCUGUCUGGCCCAGUGAAGUCGACUUCCAUCACUGCUACUACUGCAUCGCUGGUCGAUAGCAGGGGUCAUAUCACGUUGUUUUCUGAAGAGGAGCUGAGGCUUGUAGAGAAGGAUGAGAUAACAGAGACAGAAGCAGCCAAGAAAAAGCGUGAGGAAGCGGAGCAGCAUCAGGUACGCUUUACCAGUGCGGCUGGCAGGGAUGCGGAAGGCUUGUUAGCCAGAAAUGGCCCCUGGUAUGCGACACCGGAUGGCGACGUUGCUGCGUUGGUGCCAUCCAAGAACGUGUUCGGCAAGGAGGAUCCCGGACGGAAGGCUCGUGAGGUGGAAAGACUGAGUGCAAGUGAUCCUUUAGCGAUGAUGAAGAGGGGUGCCAAGAUGGUGCGUGAUCUCAACAAGGAACGGGAACGGGAGAAUGAGGAGAGGCAAAGGGAGCUAAAGGAAUUGCGAAAAGAAGAGCGACGACGAGAAAAGAGGAGGCGAACAGAAUAUCGCAAGGAAAAACAUGAUAGUAGAGCGUCUGGUGACGAAUCUGACUGUGGUAGGCGGUCUCGGUCGGAGAGGCGGGAACGGGACCAUGAUCGAGACCGAUCGCGAGAUAGAGACCGACACCGCGACCGUCACCAUGGCCAUGACAGGGACCACAAACGGGGUCGUCACCAUGAGGAAAGGGAGAGAAAUCGUGACCGAGAACGAAGCCGCGGAAGUGAAAGAGAUUAGGAAAGGAGGAGAGAUCACUCUCGUGACAGGCACCAUAGACGGUCUAGCAAGGACCGAGACGAUCGCGAGUAUCGCAAGCACAAAGACCGUGAUGCCCAUGAUGGUAAGCAUGACCAUCACCGGCAUCACCGCUCGGAGAGGUCAGAUUACGAGCACGAGCCAAGACGUCCAAGAGACGAACAAGCAUAGCAUCCUCAUUAUUCUUGCAUUGCGCAAAAUCCAGAGUAGAUAAAAACCUCAGCGUCAACAUAAAUAGCCAACAAGAUACCCAUCCAAAUAUAAUCCCAUCCAAA